CCUUCAUACACCUAAAUGGUGGCGGCAAUACACUGGAGGAGCCGAUAUGGAUCUUAUUCCUGGCUUCAAAGGCCUAUUCUAUACAGAAGUCGCUCCAUCCUGUACUAUAGACGACUUGUUUCAGCUGCUGCGCCAUACGCUACCGACAUUUGUCGCGAUCGCCCAGUCUCAUGGAGACUCUGUUCCCGACCGUUGCGAAAACGAGCCCCCCGAAAUAACAGCUGCUCGAAAGUUUUACCAAAAUUACUAUGUAAAAUCGGAAAUAUUAUCGGCGGCCCUAGCGGUAUGCGACAUAGACUCUAUACCGUUGACUUCGGACGAGUUGUAUAAAGCGUUGAGCGAUACCCUUGAAGAUUUGGAGCACGCUCUUUCUCCUUUGCAAAGGACAAAGGCGGCCGAUGCAUGCCGCAAGCUUGGCCUACGAUACCAAGUCAAUGAAGUAUACCCUAGACUGCGGGCUCUACUGCGUAUCCUACCCGAGGAAGGAGAUCUCUCGGAAACAGACAUCUGGGUUCUGUGCCAACAUGUUCGACUGUUCAGCAAGCGAGCGAAAAAUAGAGGAGAUAUGCUGCAUCAUUUGACAUUUGCUUUUGAUGCGUUGGACAGAAUGCGACCAGAAGAGUUGGUCUACUCACAAUGUCCUCUUCGCUUCUCGGACUAUCCAGUGAAGCAUGUCCGCAGGUUCUCCAAGAUUCUGUUCGGCGCACUGGAGACUGGCUGGCAGUGUAAUUGCAAUUCGCGGUUACAUCUCGAGCGUGCCAUGAAGAUCAACCUCACCCAUCAUCAGCGAUUUGAGACGGCGCCGGUUUACGGGACUGCGUUAUCACAACGAAAGGCUCUAUUUCGUAUACUGUUUCCCACAAGUCUUGGGUUGCCGCACUGGCAAGACACCGAUAUUGCUGUGCGUGAAGUAGACCUAAAAGACGACCCGAGAACGGCUAUUGGAGAUAAUCUAUGCCGUAUUAUUGAAGAGGCAAGAGCCAAUAUUAUUCCCAAGAUGAUGGUCUAUGAUAAAAAGCUUUGGCAGCUACAAUCCGAAUUUGACAGGUCUGGCCCUAUAAAGGUUCCAGACGGCGCUUUUAAAUCACUACGCGAGUUACUUGAACCUAUCGAUUCAGGACCCUCCUUUGUUUCGAAAAUCGAUCUCAAAGAACGGGUAAUUUUAUCUUUUGUUCUUGUCACGUCGUUUCUUCACCUCUUCAAUCUCAACCAUGAGCAGUUGCAGGCAACCUUGACGUCAGACAAUAUUUGUUUUCACAUGAAACAACAGUCGGCAAAUAUUCUCCGACCAUUUCUAAAUAUACACUUCACUAAAGAUAUAUCGAAGCCAUCAGCGCGCAAUUUGAGCGAAGCACAUUGGUUUCCUGAUAUCCUCUCUCUUGGCAUACUUCUACUGGAAACCUUCCGGGGCAGCAUUAUUCACUUCUCAGCAGUGGAGGAUAAAUGUGCCACCUCAUUGCUAGCUUAUGAUCGAUGGAUCGCCGCUGACGGUAAGAAAAGCUCAACGGUUGUGCCUGAUGGCUGCUUUCACGCCGUAUUUGCUUGCCUCGAGCCGCAGCAACUGAAGGAGGCUGGACUUGGCAAAGCUAAUAUUACGGAUGGUGAGGUGAGGAAGUACAUAUUCGAAAGGAUUUUAUAUCCCCUCGGCGAUGCACUCUCCGCUAUUUACAAUGUACCACUGCAUGCUCUUCACCAAAAGAUUGAUGGGGGUGGAAAAGCUGCAGUUGGUAUCUCUACUGAGUGUACAGCACUGCAACUCGCGAGCCGAGCAUGGUAUAAGCAGUUGAAAAUUGUACAUGAUGCGAUCUUUCAUAAGAACUUCGAGAAGCUUUCAGCAAACACUCAAGACGCUCAACGAACUAGGAUCGCCAUCCUGGAUACGGGCUUCGAGCUUGCGAGCGCCUUACAGCAGAACUACAUUGAUGCUGGCAAACUCGCCGCUGAAGAUUGCAAAUCGUUUUGUAAUGGGGAAGCAUGGGAUACAGACUCUGAUGGUCAUGGUACGACCAUUGGAAAAAUCCUUUUGGAUGUAGCACCAAAAACUCAGAUAUACGUUGCCAAGGUGUGCACAAAGCGGACUGACUUUACGGCCCACAUCACUUCAUCACAAGUACAGGAAAAUGUUGCAAUGGCAAUCCGGCACGCAGCCACAGUAUGGAACGCCGAUAUUAUUGUUAUGAGCUUUGGUUUCGACCAACGCAUUCGGGUUAUCAGCAAUACGAUGGAAGAGGUGCUUAAAUUAACAAAGCCACCACUUUUCUUCGCUGCCACUCGCAAUGACGGAGCACAUAAGGGAAUGGCUUGGCCAGCUCGAGAGCCGUACGUCUUUGGUAUCAGUGCUACAGAUGGAGACGGGGAAGUUUCAUCCUUUAAUCCCGAUGAGAAUAACGCGUAUCCAAUCUUUUACGCCUUUGGCGAAAGUAUCGAAGUCAAAGGUCGAUUCGGAAAGGGAGACAAAGAAACGAGAUUUGUCUCUGGUACAUCGUAUGCAACACCUGUGGCAGCGGGGUUGGCAGCGAACUUAUUAGGGUGCGUUCGCCUCGGUGUCAAGUCGGCAUCGCGAGAAGACUUCGAUCUUUAUGCCGACAUUCCACAACAGUUGCAGCAGAUGAAUGGUAUGCUCAAGGUUAUGAUGCACUGUAUGCAAAGGAAGAACCAAAAGAAGCAGUCCAGUAUCCUGCCGUGGCACUUUCUGAACGAGGCAAACGUGGAAGAUGGUACUGUUCUGAAGAAGGUACAUGAGACAUUAGAUAAAUACUAG